AUGAAGAGGUCUCUCCUUUUGCUUGUUCUUCUCUUCGCGUCCUUCUUCAGACCUCAGCAGGUGGGAGCUUCUCCGACGGGUAAGAAAUGACCCACCUUCCUCCCUCUGCAGUUCUCUUCUCUUCGCCUCAGCUAAUGGCGACAUUCCUCCUCACUCUCUCUCUCUCUCUCUCUCUCUCUCUCGCUGUUGUGCUCAGCAGCACUGGCCAGACGACUGUCCUCCCUCCUGAGGUGGACGCCGAGGGCUUCCCUCAAGACACCCCUGAGCGGUGAGUUCCUUCUCGUUCUCGCAGCCGGAGCUUCCAUCAUCUCCAUUCCUUUCCUCUCCCCUGCUGUUGAUCAGGCUCCAUUUUCCUGUGACCUAAAUAUUGCAGAAGAUGUGCUCCAGUUUGAGAGCGGGUACCUGGUGGAGACCAUAGUGGAGGGAAACAAGCUCGGGGUGACGCCUCACACCGUCCGAGUCUCGCCGGAGGGGGAGCUCAUAGCCGUGGAUUCCGUUAACAGCAAUAUCGUCCGCAUAACCCCACCUCUCUCUGCAUGUGCGUCUGAACUUCCCCAAAAUUCUUCUAAACCCUAGUUGACUGCUGGGAUAAAUCCUAGUUGACUUUCCAGAUAGCAGGGCGAGACUGGUUGCCGGCUCAUUCCAAGGCUACUCUGGGCACGUCGACGGGAAGCCCAGCGAUGCCCGGUUCAAUCACCCGAAGGGCGUCACCAUGGACGGGAAGGGGAACAUCUAUGUGGCGGACACCUCGAACAUGGCCAUCCGCAAGAUCGGAGAAUCAGGUGAUUCUCCGGCUCUGAUGGGACACAGAGCUGCGCAAGCUUCCUGCUGACCAAUCCUCCCCUGCGGAAAUAAGCAGCUGACUCAGAGCUUCUUGUCCAGGGGUGACCACCAUCGCCGGGGGAAAGUCAAACGCCGCAGGUUACAGAGACGGCCCAAGUGAGGAUGCUAGAUUCUCCAGCGACUUCGACGUCGUAUACGUAGGAAGCAUCUGCUCCUUGCUGGUCGUGGACAGAGGCAACGCCGCUCUUCGUCAAAUCUUUCUCCAAGACAAUGACUGCGCUUACCAGUACUCCGCAGUUUCUUCCUCAGGUUCGAACCAGCUGCAUUCUUAGUGUAUUUCUCUCGCGGAUCAACCGCUAAGUCAACUCCUCUUUUGGAGCUCCCUGGUUCUCACCAGGAUCAUGACAUCUAAUGAUGAUGUACUCAAAUGUUUCGUGAUGGUCAACUCGGUGAGUCUUCCUAUUUGCAGACAUUAUACUGGUCGUCGGUGCUGUGCUGGUGGGCUACGUCUCCUGCUUAAUUCAGCUCGGAUUUGGAGCUUCCCUCCUCGCCAAGAAGGUACAAGACGUGCUUGUAGUAUCUCACAAAUAUCUAGGAAAGUGGACAUUAGUCAACGCAAUAAAUAUCAAAUAAUUCCGAGCUGCGUCAACAUGCAGAGGCCGAUUUUUGGAGGUCAACCAUCUCCGGUUGCAGAGAAACUGAGAGACAAACAGGACGCUCCAUGGCCAUCUUGCCGAAGAAUUCUCCCAGAUUUAUAUAGAUUGUGCGCAGAAAUGUUUUCCCAAGCGAGUGUCAGAUUCUCCCUACACGAUCUGAUACCCGGAAAGUCAAAGAUGCUGAGGGGGAUGCCGGAGGAAAGAAGGGGGCGAACGCCGGUCCUGAAGCAGAAGAGCUCCGCCGCUGCCGCCGCCGGCGAGGCUCUCCAGGCCGCCCAUCUGAAGCAGCAGAAGAACCUCAAGUCGUCGCUGCAGAGGGAUUCUUUGACCCCCAUCAAGCACAGGAAAAGACAGGAGUUUACAGAGUUUUAUGGGUUGGCGGCCCGGCACCACGAGACCAGAGGUUCAGAGGUCAACUCCAGGCCCGCCGAGGUCAACUCCGUGGAUCGGAAGCUUGAACACUUCAACGCUAGGAGCAAGUACGCCGGCCUAGACAGCCGGCAUCAGUCAAGGUCUGCCCAACGGGUAGAUUAG